AUGGCUCCGGAGGCUGCGCUGCUCCUCACCCUCCUGGCCACCAUCCCAGUGGCACCGGCAGAGCCAGCAAGGAGCAGCUUCUGGGAGUACCUGAGCCAGCUGACGAGUGACAAGGACAGUCCCGAGCAUGGGCAGGGCAGCAAGCUGGGCAGGGGCAUGGCGAUCCCGAAGGGAAGCGCCCAGGAUGGGGUGAGCCACAUGGGGAACUUCCUGGAGAAGCUGGCGCCCCUCAACCGAGGGCUGCAGCCGCGGCUGUCGCAGGACUCGGAGAGCCUGAGGAAGCUCAUCCGGAAGGAGCUGGAGAGCCUGCGGGUGAAGCUGUCACCCUACGUGGACGAGGUGCACCACAGGGUGGGCAGGCACCUGGAGGAGCUCCGCUACCGGCUGCAGCCCUUCACGGAGGAGCUGCUGGACCAAGUGUCCCUCAAGGCUCGGGAGCUGCGGCGCCAGCUGAUGCCGGGCCGGGAACUGACGGCUCAGCUGCUGGGGGGGGCGGACGAGCUGCAGCGUUUCCUGGCUCACUACAGCCACAAGAUCGCGCUGCACACGGAGCAGGUGAAGAGCAUCGUCCACCCGUACGCGGACCGGCUGGUGACCGAGAUCCACCGCAACGUGGAGGAGCUGCACCGCGACGUGGUCCCGCACAGCCAGGCCAGCCCGGAGCAGCUCAACCAGUACAUCCAGGAGCUGUCCUCCAAGCUGACCCGGAGCGCCCGGGACCUGCACCGCAACAUCCAGGGGAACCUGGAGCAGCUCCAGGCCAAGCUGAGCCUUCACCCCGGCAGGCUGCGGGAGCGGCCGCCCAGCCCCGAGGCGCUGGCGAGGGAGGUGCAGCGCCGGGUGGCCGAGUUCCGGCGGGACACGUACAUUCAGAUCCAGGACUUCACCCGUGCCCUGGACCGGCAGACGGAGGAGGUGCGGCUGAAGCUGUCCCCGCGGCUGCCGGGGGACAUGGAGGGGGACCCGCUGCCCGUGGAGGACCUGCACGCCCGCCUCGAUGCGCUAUGGAGGGACCUGUCCCGCAGCCUGGGGGAGCGGGGCGAGGCCGGCGGGGACGGGACCGGGAUCGGGAGCGGGGCCGGGAGCGGGGAGGGCAACGGGACCCGAGCACCAUGA